AUGGCAUUUUUUAAAUGGUACAGAUAUUGCAGCCACACAUAUCCAAUACGAACCAAUCUUGUUCAGACAGGUUUUAUGUUUGGUCUUGGUGAUUUAAUAGCUCAAAGUACAGUUGAAAAGCGUAAACCUGAUGACAUUGAUUGGUUACGUAUGGUGCGCUUUGCAUCUAUUGGGUGUGCCGUUGGACCAACACUUAGUAUGUGGUACACAUCAUUGGACAGAUUGGGAACUAAAAACACAAUACCAAUCAUUACUAAGAAAAUAUCAGUCGACCAAUUGAUUGCAUCGCCAAUUAUUAAUGGAGCUGUAUUAAUUAUGAGUAGAGUGUUUAAUGGUGAUAAAUGGCCACAAAUUCAAAAUAAGCUAGAAGACGACUUUGUGAAAGUUAUGCUCACUAGUUAUUUGAUUUGGCCAGCUGUACAAACAUUUAAUUUCAUUAUUGUACCACAACAAUACAGGGUUUUAGCUGUACAAGUAGUGUCAUUAGCUUGGAAUAUAUACCUUUCAUUUGUGAGUGCUAGUGGUGGAAAAUCAAAAUAA